AUGGAGGAGAAGAAGGAUUACGUAACCUCGGAAAUCCAGCUGGCACUGUCGGUGCCUCAUGACUUCAAGAAUAUCACUACCAUCACCUCUCCGUUGACGGGUAAAGAAACCCAAGGGGAUGUUGCUUUGAACUACGUUGGUGAGACUGUUGAAUACACUCCUGAAGAAGAGAGAAAGCUCGUCCGCAAAAUCGAUUUUAUCGUGCUUCCCAUGGUCACGCUCAUCGUCAUCUUACAAUUUGUUGAUAAAUUGACCAAUACCUUUGGGGUGAUGGUGGGGCUUCGCGAGGACUUGGGGAUGCACGGCGACAUGUACUCGUGGGUGGGGCUGUCUUUCUAUUUAGGGUAUUUGGCGUUUGAGUUUAUCGGUGUUCGCUGCUUACAGAAGUACCCUCUCCUGAGAAUGCUUUCCAUAUUCAUUGUCGUGUGGGGGGCAAUACUUGUCCUCCACGCGGUACCCGCUUACGGGGCUAUGAUCACUUUCAGAGUGCUUUUGGGGAUGUUAGAGCUGACAGUGAUGCCUGGGAUGGUGAUUAUCGUUGGCCAGUGGUACCACAAAUCGGAGCAAUUCUUGAGAACGACGAUCUUCUACUGCUCGAUGGGUAUCGGCUAUAUUCUCCUGUCGGCAAUGGGCUACGGCGUGUACGUCCACCGCAAUUCUUACGUCAUCAAACCGUGGCAAGUGAUGUACAUUGUCAUGGGUUUUAUCACGAUGGCGUUUGGUGUGGUGUUCUACUUUUACAUGCCGGAUAACCCUCAAAAGGCGUGGUUCCUCAACGACAGAGAAAAGGCAAUUGCUAUGGAACGAGCUCGCCAAAACAAGCAAGGUUACGGUAAUCCCAAAUGGAAGUGGUACCAGUUCAAGGAAGCGCUUUUAGACUUCCAAGCGUGGUUCUUCUUCCUCUUUGCCGUGUUUGUCAACAUCGGCAACGGCGCCGUCACCAACUUCUCGACGCUCUUGUUGAAAGGCAUGGGCUUCGACACCACCGGCCAGAUUCUCAUGAACAUGCCCACCGGUGCCAUUGAGUUUGGCGUAUGUGUAAUCUUCGCCUACCUGGUGAGAUGGGUGAAAUCGCGGAUGGCCAUCGGCCUCUUUGCCAUGAGUGUAUUUGUGAUGGCCAACGCCCUCUUGGCUUACGGCCCCAAUAAUGGAGCUAAGUACGCCGGCUACAUCCUAUCGGUGAUCUUUGUGCUUACCUCGGCGACGCUCUUGUCGAACGUGGCUUCGAACGUGGCGGGCCACACGAAGAAGAUCACCGUCAACGCCAUGUACUUGAUUGGCUACUGUGUCGGCAACCUUAUCGGUCCGCAAACAAUGUUGGCGAGCGAGGAGCCGGAGUACCCCACGGGGAAGACGAUUCUCUUGGUAAUGGCGUGCUUAGGGUGGUUGAUGACGGCGUUGAUUUGGGGGGGCUAUUGGUGGAAAAACCAACAAAAGAAGAAGUUGGAAGGCACGGAAAUCUACCAGAAGUUCCUCGAAAUGGAGAACGUCGAGUUCUGUGACUUCACCGAUAAGGAGAAUCCUUUGUUCCGAUACGAGUUGUAA